GGGCGGCGGCCGGGCCGGCGGACGGCGGGAUGGGCUGCACCGUGAGCGCCGAGGACAAGGCGGCGGCCGAGCGCUCAAAGAUGAUCGACAAGAACUUGCGGGAGGAUGGCGAGAAGGCGGCGCGGGAGGUGAAGUUGCUGUUGUUGGGUGCUGGGGAGUCCGGAAAGAGUACCAUCGUCAAGCAGAUGAAGAUCAUCCACGAGGAUGGCUACUCGGAGGAGGAAUGCCGGCAGUACCGGGCAGUGGUCUACAGCAACACCAUCCAGUCCAUCAUGGCCAUUGUCAAGGCCAUGGGCAACCUGCAGAUUGACUUUGCCGAUACCUCCCGCAAUGACGAUGCCAGGCAGCUGUUUGCGCUGUCAGCUGCUGCCGAGGAGCAGGGAGUGCUCCCUGAGGACCUGUCUGGCGUCAUCCGGAGGCUCUGGGCUGACCAAGGGGUGCAGGCCUGCUUUGGCCGCUCGCGGGAGUACCAGCUCAACGACUCAGCCGCCUACUACCUGAACGACCUGGAGCGCAUCGCACAGAGCGACUACAUCCCCACGCAGCAGGACGUGCUGCGCACCCGCGUGAAGACCACAGGGAUCGUGGAGACGCAUUUCACCUUCAAGGACCUGCACUUCAAGAUGUUUGAUGUGGGUGGCCAGCGGUCGGAGCGGAAGAAGUGGAUCCACUGCUUUGAGGGCGUCACAGCCAUCAUCUUCUGCGUCGCCUUGAGCGCCUAUGACUUGGUGCUAGCUGAGGACGAGGAGAUGAACCGCAUGCAUGAGAGCAUGAAGCUGUUUGACAGCAUCUGCAACAACAAGUGGUUCACGGACACGUCCAUCAUCCUCUUCCUCAACAAGAAGGACCUGUUUGAGGAGAAGAUCACACACAGCCACCUGACCAUCUGCUUUCCUGAGUACACAGGGGCCAACAAGUAUGACGAGGCAGCCAGCUACAUCCAGAGCAAGUUUGAGGACCUGAACAAGCGCAAAGACACCAAGGAGAUCUACACGCACUUCACGUGCGCCACCGACACCAAGAACGUGCAGUUCGUGUUCGACGCCGUCACCGACGUCAUCAUCAAGAACAACCUGAAGGACUGCGGCCUCUUCUGAGGGGCAGCGGGCCUGGCAAGGUGGGCCACCGCCGACUCCGCUGCCCCCAGCCCCGAGGAAGAUGGGGGUGAGAAGACCAUGCUCCCCGCCCGUGCCCCUGCCCCACCCCUUGGCCGCUUUCCCCCUCUCCUUCCUCUGUUCUCAGCUCCCUGUCCCCUCCCUCAGCUCCAGACCUGGGAGGGGCUGCCACAGGCCUCCCUGUUGGAAGCCUGGCCUGGUCGGAGCUGUCGGCAGUGGCCACGGUACCCCCUUCCUGGGCAUCAGUUCUGGGGUGUGGGGGGCACUGCUGAGUCCCCCAAAGCCCGUGUCUGGAGCGGCACUCACUCCUCCAGCCUGGACCCCUGACCCAGCCCAAGUCCAGAUGUUUACAGGGAGCCUCCUGCCCACCCGCCUCCCCGCCGCUCGGAGGCCCCAAAGGAAAAAGCACAAGAAGCGUGAGACGCCACCAUUCCCGGAGACCACAGUCCACCUGCUCAUUCUCGUCGCUUUUUAAAAAAAUGAAAGUAAAGAAAAAAAAAAAAAUAACCCUGCAAACCUAGAACACUUUUUAGAGAAAAACUAUUUAAAACUGUCCGGUCCUGACCAGCACCCACCCACGCCCCUCCAGCGACUCCGUGCCUUGAGUGUGUCUGCCUGUUUACACCCGUCCCCUCUGAGGGCCGCCCCGCCCCACCCUGCCCCGCCCGCCACAGAAUUGGGUUCCAAGGGCUGUUCCAGACAACUGCCAAGGUCACUGAGGGCCCCACCCUGGCGGCCCUGGACCCAGGCUCCAUUAACCUCCAUGUAGCUCCUUAGCGCUAACCUAGGAACCGCCGCUGCCUGCUGUGGGGCCCCGCCCCUCCCCUCGUGCCCUCGCCCCAGGCCCGGGUCCUUCAGCGUUGAACACUUCCUUGCUUUUUUCACAUGUUUUAUGGAAUUGUUCACGUGGUUUGAAAUAAUAAAAUGUAGAAAGAAAAAAAAAAAAAA